AUGCUGACUGCUGCUCAGCCAAAAACCAAUGUACUCCACGGGGCUCCGUCAAUAUCAUUCAAUGUUCUCUCUGCCCGUUUCGAGCACCGGCGGUCAAGCCAUGCCAGUCCUGCAAGCAUAUCAUUAAAGCAGAGACUCCCUCCCAGGUCAUGGGAUAGUCAUAUGCAUGUUGUGGAACCUGAGCGGUUUCCUGUCUCACCGACAGCGGUGUACAAGCCAACUCCUCAUACGCUUAGCGAAGCACUCGCCUUUGAAUCCGGGCUGGGCGUUGAAAAUUUAGUUCUUGUGCAGCCCUCAGUAUAUGGAUCCGACAAUUCAUGUCUACUAGAUGCAUUGAGGAAACUCGGGCCAUCCCGUGGCAGGGGGGUUGUGGUCGUUGACCCAACCGCUGUGCGUUCAGAAACAUUGGAAGAAUGGCAUCGUCUCGGAGUCCGUGGAUUGAGAAUCAACCUCCAGUCCGUCGGCAAGGUGAUGGACAAGGCUGAGCUGGAAGAGACGUUACUUCGACAUGCUGAGAUUGCGCGGCCAUUUGAUUGGAUCGUCGAAGUCUAUCUCCCCCUCAAGAUGGUGCCCAUGAUUGAAUCUAUUCUUCCGCGACUAGGAGUCCGCAUCUGCAUUGACCACUUCGGUAGUCCCGCGCUGGUGUCCCUAGAGAAGAAUCCCCUGUUCAAUCCCUACGAGCUUGACGGAUUCUCAUCCUUGAUAUCUCUGCUUCGUGCCGGAAGUACAUAUGUCAAGGUAUCUGCGCCUUACAGACUCAGCAAAGACCAUCAAAUGCGUGAUUUGCAGAUUAUGGCACGCGAGUUUCUAUCCGUUGCCCCUGAUCGCGUGAUAUAUGCCACGGACUGGCCUCAUACUCGGUUCUCCGGGGUUGAUAUCAGUCCUUUCACUGAAUGCUGCUUGGACCUGUGUGCAUCUAAGCCGGGGCUAGCGGAGCGCCUGUUUCGCAGAAAUACGGAAGAGAUGCUAGGUGUUGUUUCUGAUUGA